UGCAGCGUCGCUCCACGCUUCCUGUCAACUUCCGUGCCCUCUGUUGGUUAACCAGAGUUAUCCCUGAAAAUGUUCUCUACUAGUUUAAAUAAAUAAUGGCAGGUGAACAUUGUGUUUUAUGAUAAAAACCUGUAAUACUUAAGCGGUUAUUUUAACUAGUGCCAUAAAAAAUUCCUCCUUUGUUAAGCAUGUUGUCUCCGAGCCGUUUUGCCCUUCAGUGUCUGCUUCGGGAGUUCAGUAAAAUCACGGUGUCUCCGGCACAAAGCUUUUCACAAACGGCGUCCAAGAACACCGUCGUGGUUGAACGAUGGUGGCAGGUUCCGCUGUCCAAGGAAGGGAGACCUCCGAGGCUCUACCCCCGGCGGCACCGAGUCUAUCGGCUAGUGGAGGACACGAAACACUCGCCAAAGAUGGAUAAGAUGGAGCUCAUCCUCACGCAGACGGUCCCCAAACUGGGAGGCCGGGGCGACACAGUCUUUGUGAAGAAAUCUCUAGGUCGCAACAAGCUCCUUCCGGAGGGUCUCGCAGUCUACCCUUCUCCAGAGAACAAAGAAAUGUUCAAUGAGGAGCUCAGGCAACUGCGUGAGGGCCGAGUUGAGGACAGGAUCCAGACGCGCACUGGGAAGCUGACUGUGGAGUAUCUGAAGAAGUGUCAUGUGGAGGUGGGGAUGAAAAGCAACGUCAAGUGGGAGCUCACAAAAGAGGUGAUGUGCCGACAGCUGCUUUUGAAGUUGGGAGUGUUUGCACCACCCCAUGCCUUGACGCUGCCAGAUGAGCCAAUCGCUGACUUGGGGGAGUACUGGUGUGAGGUCAAGGUGAACGGAAUCGAUGCAGUGCGCAUCCCCGUGUCGGUGGUGAACUUCAUAAAGCCCAGGAAGCAGCGUUACUUAAACAGGUUGAAGCGGCAGGCGCAAGAGCAGGAGCAGGAGCAGGAGGAGUCACAGCAUCCCAAGGAUGAGGAACCAUAAUGGUGCCCAUAAGCAGCCUGUGAACUGAUGAUGCACAACCACCGGACGGGGCUCGAGUUGUGCAGGAGCCGUGGCGGUGGUCUGCUGGGGAUCUCGGCCACUGUACGCCAUCGGCUUAUUGUUUUUUGUCUGUGCUGUCAUGAUUAUAAAAUAUGAAAUUAAAAUGGAUCAUACCUUGGC